AUGAAAUGUCUCAAAGAUUUUAUUGCCCAGAAUCUUGUUGAAAACGAAAAUGUAGGUUGGCUUCUCAAUUUCAGUGGUGAGGCUUCCUCAGCAGGCGAGUUCAGAUGUGCAAUUUUAGAUAUAUUUGUUUCACCAAAUCCAGAGCAGUUCGAAAAUCUUGCUUUGCCCGGCGGUGAACAUUCUUCUGUUGUGGACGAAUGUAUUAAAUUUCUGAGAAUAAACACUGGCUUCAGUAACGUAUUGACAUAUGGCUACAAAAUUGCGAAGAACUCGGAUGUGGCUUCUACGUUGCACUGCGAGUCCAGCAAUCUGAACGUUACAAACCUGAAGAGUGGUAUUUGGACCACGGUGCACAAAAUUUUGGGUACUGAGUGUUUCGUCAAUCUCAUAAUUAAUUUCACGAUAUAUGACUGCAGAAAUGGUAUAUGCCGACAAACUGUAGGCCCGGUACAAGAGCGAGGACAGAUUAAUGGCUUACUACCCGUUCUGGUAGGAGCGACAACUAUUGGCAAUUCAGAAUUCCUGUACAGAAAUAGGGGAGUGUGCAAAAUUUCCAGCAUUAUGCCAUGUUCGCUUACAAUACUGUGGUACCAGAUUUUUGGUACAGAUAAAAAUAACAGCGACGGUAUUCCUACUGAAUGUAGGGUCAUAUUACGUCAAAUAUUAUCUAGGGUAAUCCAUAAUCACCGAAGAUUAAAGUAUAGAUUUAUUCUGGAUGCCUUGUGCCCUUACAAAGAUUUCAAGUCUUCUUACUCCAAUAUGGAGCCCCAAACAAGCAUCAAAUCAAUUGUUAAGUUUUUGACAGUCAUCAUCGAAAAAUUGUUUCCUCUGAGCUUCUUUGGAUCAAGACAUAAUAAGUCAGUUCUUAUGUCGAAAAUCUCUUUCAUUCUCAAGCUUAAACUGCAUGGCCGUUUGCCUAUUUCUUUUUGGAUCAAAGGGCUUAGGAUAAAAGAUAUCGAAUGGUUAGGAUCACAAUCUAAGAUUGACUAUAGGGAGCUGAGAGCAAGACAAGACUUGCUGGAACGAAUUAUAGAAUGGUUUUUCGGCCAUCUUUUAUCAUCCGUGAUAGUGACCUUUUUCUAUUGUAGUGAGUUAUCUGGUUCUCCAAAUCUCUUGUUCUUUCGAUUUGAUGUUUGGGCUCAAAUGACGCAGCCAUUUUUGAAAGCUUACUUCGAAAGAUAUCUCACUUUAAAUGAGAAAUGUCAAGGGCAUGUCUGUAAUACAGAAUUUGCGCAUGGCUAUCUGCGGCUAAUUCCCAAGAAGGCUAAAACUCAAUUUCGAGUAAUAUUUGUUCCGUUAAAAUGUCGAGAGCAGGAAAAAGCCAACGCUGAAUUGGGAUACAUGCGAAGCGUUCUGAAGCCCGCCGGCUGUAUCCUUAGCUAUGUGUCGAGUAAAAGAAAGAUUUCCCCUGACGUCCCUUCAAAAAAGCUCUCAUCUCCAUCAGAGAUCUCAUCUGCCAUCUGCGACUUUAAGGCUCGUUUACUAAAAAGAUACGGUGAAAUUCCCUACCUAUUUUUCAUCAAAUUUGAUAUCGAGAACUGUUAUGACUCUAUACCGAGAUCGAGAGCUAGAGAAGUUAUCAAUCAGCAGCUCAGCAUUUAUUCAGAUUUCUAUGUUCGAUCUCAGUCUUUUUACGAUUCGGAAAAGGGAAGCUUUAAGCAGAUUUCCUCUGUCAACGGAGAUUUAAAGAUUAAGAAACAUGGCAUCGCUAUCGAUAAUGUGCGCACAGUUUACUUAACCAAAAAAGAUGUCAUUGAAAUACUUGACAAAGAGAUGGAAAAUAGUUCAAUAAUUUAUGGAGAACACUGCUUACUGAGAAAUUCUGGCAUUUUUCAAGGGACAGCUCUUUCUGCACACAUCGUUGACUUCUUGUAUGAUGAUUUGGUUGAAAGUCAUCAAGCUUUUCGGAAUGAGCAAGGCGCAGAAAGUCUUAUUUUGAGGUUGGCAGACGACUUCUUAGUAAUUUCGACUAGUAAGCUGUAUAUUGAAAAGAUCGAAACGCACGUUUGGAAAGGAUUCGAAACUUAUAAUGCAUUUUCAAACGAACGAAAGGUAUUGUCAAACUUAAACUGUACAGACAACAAAUCUUUGCGCUUCUGCGCCAUUGAUUUGGAUAUGGGGACCCUUGAAGUCAUGAAACGUUGA